GAUGGCAGUCCUCGGCGGUUGUUCUGUCAUGGAGCAUUGCGACGUAAAUAUGUCGUUUGUUGGUAGCGCGUGCGGGGUGAAAGAACGCGACACGGUUUACGGCGACGGAUAAUAAAACGUAAAAUAAUAACGAUUCAUUACGAAGGAAACAGUGAACCGGGUACUACGGCAAAAAAAAACGUUAAAGGUGCUUUAACCUCUUCGUAAAAGUGACUCACCUGGUGCGCGAUAUAUAAAACACAUGUAUACCUUUAUAUACACACAUUUAUAUAGUAUCAAUAUAUACAUCCAGGCCUAAACAUGUUAGUUAUACUUACCUGGUGCACUCGAUAAUUAACAGAACAAAAUUAGUGUCGAACUCGAUGUUUGCCCAGUGAAAAAAAAACAACUUUAAAUCCAUAGUUGCGAAAAAAAUUUCCGAUCGGUUUUUAUUCUUUCGAAUAACCCAAAAUGAUUUUACCCACUUUGAAUAAUCUUGAUUAAUAUCAAAGUCCGAAUAUCGCACGUUUUCGAGAACUUUUCUUUUUGUAAAUUCGGAGUGAUCUCGCAAUAAGUGAUCUUGAACUCCGAAUUUAACAUUUGACAUUUGAAAACUGAAAAAUCACCAAAUACCUAUUCAAAUAAAUCCCGAUCGAAAAUAAUUCUUUUACAUUGUUUUUAAUAAGCAUAAAAUUAAAGUUGAAAAACACACGUGCUUUCGGAUCAUUUACUUUAUCAUCGCGGGGCACGUGAAUUACUCCCUUGGGAUUUAUAAACGUGCAAUCAGGUGCAAGUGUUUACAAAUAUAUAUGUAUAUGGAUUUAUUAUGUGUAUAAUUUUGAGGUGUGUAAAACAGUGGCUUCAGUGGAUUGUGUUCAGUAUCGCGAUGAAAAUAUAAAAGCACGUGCGCACGAAUAACGAUAUACAUCAUAAACAUAAAUAAUUUUAUAAAAUACUCGAAGAUUGUACGUUUCUCAAACAAACCGAGAAGCGAGCCGAAUUGUGUGGUUGUAUACAUCGAAGCAGCAAGGAUAGAAAAUCGUGUUUAUAAAAAUUUCAAGGAAAAGGUACGACUUCGAGAUGCAAAUUUCCUAAUUAAUCCGGAAUAAAACGAAAUUCCUUGCGGACAACGGAAUCGAAAGAAAAAAUUCUUCGAGAGUGGAAUUUUCAGAAGAUCGUGUUCCUCUCCCUUGGGGCUCUCUCAAGGUCGAAGUACCGUAACAAUCGUGCUCUCCGUCUUUCUCUCUCUCUCUCUUUCUUUCGCGCGGAUUUGUAAUAUCGAUAUUUGCGUUUGAAAACAGACAAUAAAUCACCGGAAAUUAUAGGUCGGAAAACAAGUCAAAUAUCUGGUCAGACCCUUCAAAUAAUAAAAGGGAAGGAGAAUUGGAAAAUUCGUGAAAUUCCAAAGCACUUUGAAGCAUUCGAGAGAUAAAAAAACGAAAUGACGCCGUUUACCGUCAAAUUUUUCUCCCGAGAAAAAACAUUUUGAGAGACGACAAAAAUGUGAAGAGAAUUAAAGAAGUUUGUUCUAAGAACGAGAGAAAGGAAUAUACAGUUUGUGUAAAUAUACCCAUCCAGACAUAAAAAUAUAUACAUUUUUUGAAGUUGUACACGGAAAUGAAUGGCGAAAUGACGUUCUCGUUGUUUCGAAAAAUAGCCGAAUAUCAAGAAGCCCCGAGGUUAAUUCACCGCUUGUAAAUCGUGCCCCGGUGUUUCCUGUUUGUUUGUGCUUCGAAUAAUAUACAUAUAUUUAUAUAUUCUUCGUCGUGUUUUUAUUAUAAAUUAUUUAAUUGAAAUUGGACGAAUGAGAAAUGUCGACAACGACACCUCGUGGCAGUGGCGCCGAGUGCAGGAAGUUCGCACCGAACAUAUUCAACAAGAGCAAGUGCAGCAGCUGCUUCAAGCAGAAAGAGGAGCACAGCGCCGAGGCAUUGGAAUGCAACAGGGCCACAAGAAAGAUCUCGAAGUGUGGAUACCUGUUCGUUGCGCCUGGCUGGGACUUUUCCAAUCCUCUGAAUCGCACCAAGAGAUGGCAACGAAGAUGGUUCGUCCUUUACGACGAUGGAGAGCUGACAUAUUCGGUCGACGAGCACCCAGAAACGGUACCGCAGUCAAGGAUCGACAUGACCCGGGUUUUGGAGGUCGCAGCCGCCGAGGAUGUGACGGGUCAUCCAUACAGUCUGGCGAUUACGUCGCCCGAAGGAGUAACCUUUGUCAAAGGAACGUGCCGAGAGGAGACUCGAUGGUGGGCCGACGUUCUUCAAGUUUACUCAAGAAACAAGGGUCGUCACAAACGAAACGCCACGUUUCCUGGUGGCCAGACGACGAUACUUCAAGUUACGCCAACGAUUAGAAGCAAGACUCCGAAUCCUCCGAGGCCACGUUUCAAUAGUUGUCGGUCGGAGCCGAGGGGAAGCUGGAAACCGGAAGCAAAUAGUCAGGAAUUGUGUAACUCCAGUUUCGUCGGAGUGACAACGAACACGAGUGUAACGACGCAAAAUAAUACGAGCGCGUCGAAAAUGGUGAACAACGAUGGGCCCCUCACGAGUGAAAUCACCAACGAAAACGGAUCGAGUGUUAAUUGCGUCAAUGAGAACGGCAACGCGAACGCGAGAACGACGAGAGAUUUGCAAAUAUCACCGCUGAGAAAUGUCCUCCUGGAAAACGGCAAUGGACACUUGUCGUUGAACGGCACCGCGCAGAAUUCGACGAACCUUGAAAACUCCAAUAACUCGACGAUCCACAAUGUCUCUGGGAAUUCAUCGUCACCGUUGCUCGUCGGCUCCGAAAAACCCCCGAUGGUGCCCAACGACGGACGCCCCUAUCGCGAUCAACCUGCCAGCAGCGCUUCGCCACCCACUCGUGACAAAUUGAGAGCCGAGGACAAAGCUCGACGAAGAUUGAAUCAAACUACUCAAAAUCCUCAACGAGACGACAGAACUUCCUCCAUCGGUAUCGUUGAGAGCAACGAAAAAUUAGACGACGAUGCCUGUCGAAGAAUUCUUCUGGAGCACGAACGCGAGAGGGAAGGCAAGUUACGUGAUAUCGCGGCAUCUCUGACACAACCGAGAAUACGCAGAAACAAAUCGAGGACUUCCGAACCUACGAGAGAUGUCGUUGACGCUGCGAAUGCUGCUCAUCAAGAUAAACUCGUUCGAGGCGAUCCGGACGGUUGUGGUCUCGACAUAUCCGGCACGAGAUACUCCCCUACCUCCGAAUUAAGGGUCGACCUCCCGGCGGAGGAUCUUUUGAACAUAAAAAAAGGAUGGUUAAUGAAGCAAGGCCUGAACAAAGAAUGGAACAAGCAUUGGUUCGUGUUACGCGGAUGUGGUCUCAUGUAUUACCGAGAUCCGAGCACCGAGGACAAGGGAAUAAUGGACGGUGUGAUCGAUUUGAAUACUGUCACAGCCGUAACUCCUGUUCAAGUUGCCCGUAAUUACGGAUUCCAAACAGUGACCUGGGACGAUCGAGGAACGACGUUAUUGUCAGCGGUAACGGCUGGUAUAAGAUCGAGUUGGAUGUCAGCGAUACGGAGAGCCGCCAACCUUCCUGAUCCUAUCGAAAAUCCUGUUGAUGGUGGACACGUUGCGUGUCAAAAUAAUCAGGCUGAUCCGAAGCGUCAGUCACCCACUGUAUGCGAGCGAGAACGAGAUCCGGGAGCGCCAACGACGCCACUGACGCCGCGUUCCGUGUUGUUUUCAUCCGACGAGGAAUAUCGUACCGCAUCGGAAGGUGGUCGUCGGGAAUCGGGUGAUUGGUCGGAGAUUCCGGUAUCACCGCCACCGCCGCCAUCGCUUUCGAAUCGUAACGGUGAUUGGUCGCUGUCAUUGAAGAGUCCGACAGAAUGGACCGAGAACGUAACGAAUCACGAGUGGUCGGAACUGCCACCAUCUCCACCGUUGACGCGCACUGCGCUAUCGAGGGUGAAGGCGCGCUCAAGAUCGAGUUCAAGAUCACGAGUUUACAAAAGAAGUCGAAGUUCUCCUCCAAACUCACGGAGAAGCACCCUCGACAGCGUACGGUCUGAGGAUCUGAUGAUGGCAUGUUGCGAGCUUGCGGAGCCGCACGAAGGAUCGGUAAACGACGGCGUCGUGUCGAGCAACGAGAGCAACGAUUGUCCGACGAACGAAAACGAGCAUCCUAUUAUUGUCGGGCUUCUCGAAAGUCAAGUGAGCAAUAUGCUGCGCGAUAAACUCGAUCAUUCCCAUCAUCCGAGCGCUCUACUAGUCAUUAUCGAGCGCCAAGAAAACGAGAUUGAGGCCCUCAAAUCGCAGCUGCAAAUCACUCGCGACGAAGCAAGGGAAACGGAAAAUGAAAUAUUACGAUUGAGGGAACAUCGGAACGAGAGCAACGCGAGAGAUCGUAAAAACGAUCAGGACGAUUAUGAAAGGAUGAAGAAAAUCUUGACCCUCGAAAGGGACGGUCUCGAAGCGAAACUACGCGAUAACGAAAAUAUUUUACGGGAGACCAGGGAACGAUGCGAAUUCUUCAACAACGAGAUCUCUUCUAGUCAACGCAACACCGAUAUUAUGCGGGCUGAGAUCGAAGCCCUCGGUCAGAAAUUGGCUCAAGGUAUUGAAGAAAACGAACGUUUGUACAAUAGAGUUAGAGAACUCGAAGGUAAAAGUAGCUUAUCCGCGUCGAGGGAACGAGGUCGAAGCUUCGAUUCGCUGAGUGAUCUCACGAACAUCGAUCUCGAACUCGACAUCAGCGGCUUUGACAAAGAGCGUAUGAUGGAAGAAUUCGAAGAGUUAAGAGGUCGAUUCGAGAAGGCGGUGCUAGAGAUCCGAGCGAUGAGGAAAGAGCUUCGGGAGGCUCACGCUACGCAAGACGCUCUUGAGUUGGAAAUAUUCGCUCACAAGCAGGACGAGUCACGCGUGAACAAGUCAAAUCGUGCGCAGGUUGAGUUGAUGGCGGCGCGUAUACAAGAUCUCACCAGCAAAUUGGGAACGAGCGAGAAGCAAGUGAGGACGCUGAAGCAAAAGUUGAUGAAAGUGGAAACGAGAGACAAGAGAAGAUCGUUGUCGUUAAAGGGUCGUGAAUCGUUUCAAAUAUCACAAGAGUUGGAGGACAAGUUGGCUGAGCUUGAAACGAAAAUAUGCACGAUGAUUGAAAGUGGUGGAAAAUGCGCGGUGACGCCGGGGCACAUAUCUUUGUCGCAGACGAGCAACGAGACGAGUACGUCACCGAGACGCGAACGUAAACGUGAGAAUCGUAGUCUCGAUCGUGGCAGCCGAUUGCGACGAAAAUCGUUGGACAGCGCGACGAGUUCAGAGCCGAUGAAAGUGUUGAUAAGACUAAGCAGCCUCGAAACAAAGGUCGCUCAAGUCGCGGAAACGUUGGGUAGCGACGUUGAAAAAGAUUCGAGCGAGUGUAGCGAACCAUCGAGUCCUUCUGACUGUCAAAUUUCAACGGAGAUACUAACGAGGCUUAGAAAAUUGGAACGCGCACUCGCCAAAUCGAAAAGACGUUUGGAAAAGUGUCUCGGUUCAACGCAGGCAGAGGAAAAAGCAGAAAAAUGUUUGCGCGAUGUGAACGAUAUCCUCGAGACGUGCGUCGAUUGUAGAAGGAAUCAGCAGCCCUCGAGUCAGACGAUCGAAUCGGUACGUGUCGUAGUCGCCAAAUUAGAGGCUCUGUUGACCGAAAAAAUAACUGAGCUUACGAAAAAACGCCAGAGGCUAGCUGCUAACAACCAGCUCGACGAGAGAACUAAGCUCGAACUUGUCGCUGAGAGGCUCGCUUACGAAACCGUUGUUUUGCGACGUAUGAAAGCCUCCUUGUCGCGCGGAUAUGAGAAAAAUAUAUUACUCGGCGAAUUGCUCGAAACUAGUCAUCUUAUUUCAAACUUAAAGUCUAAGGUUUACGGAACUAAGCCGAAAAAGUACCAAAACACGAGUUACGUACAAUAUCUAACGAAAAUAUUAGCCAAUAAGUUAGUCUUGGUAGGUGGAGUUUUGCGCGAUAGUAACGAUGACGCCAGCAGCUCGAGGGACGUCGAAACGGCCGACAAAAAGGAUGCUUCAGCAAGAAGAAAUGAUUAUCGUGAUUACCUUACCUCGAAACAGCGUCAAGUCAAUGAAAUAAUGAAACAUUACAAAGAAACGAAACUCCGUGAGUUGGCCGAUGUUUUGGCAACCGAGACUCUCAGUCUUUCCGAGCAAGAGGAUUUCGGGAAACAAUUACCAUCGAACAAGUUGCUCGAAGAUCGAAGAAUUCGAGAAGCUUGGGCGAUGGCCCAAGAAACGGUUAACAAGGAGCUCGUCCAGGCCGAAGUGUCCCACGUUUUGACUCAAUGCGGUCAAAUGUACGAGCAAAACAUCACCACGAUAACGGACACGUGUCUCAACUGUCAUGAAAGUACAAGCCUCGAAACGCGCAUCGACGAGACACACGCGCGAUUACGUCACCAGAUGGAAUCCACAAUACGCGAGUUAACUUUGGCCUACGAAGAUUCUUUGAACAGCAUGAAAUCGAUGAAAAAUAGGACCACGACGAGGCAGUAUGACUCGAGACAGCUGUUGAAUGAUUACGCGGACGUCGUAGCUCAAAAAGCUUUGAUCGACGCGAGAAUAACAUUGCUCGAUGGCGAAGGCUCCACGAGCACCGAGGACGAUGAAGGAAAAACAGCAAAAACCAAUUGUGACGGGGAAAAAAGCUUCGUGUCUAGUCUAAUAAAAUACGAAGAUGUUUUAGCAGAUUUUAGCAAUGAUAAUGAUAGCGUGGCCAGCGAUCCGCUGUUGGAUGCUGAAUUCGCAUAUCUCUAUCGACGUUUCGCGAACGAUUGCGAUGAGAUAAUUACAGGAAAGCAACGUAACAAGGAUGAGCUCCGAACUGUGGUACAGUCCUUGCACAGCCUCGAUGAAGACGUUGCCAUUUUGGUAAAAUGCUUGCUUCAAAGAGACGAUAACCUUCAAGACAUCGCUUCAUCCUUUCCCUCGAAUUCGUCCCCUCUCUCCGAUUGGUCAGACGUUUCACAAAAAUGUUCUGACAUUCGCGAGCGCCUGAAACUUCUCGUUGAGUCAGCGAAAAAUAUGCAAUGCAAACAGUGCUCCGUUAUGCAAGAAAGCAUCAAACGAAUGAGCAUUCAACACGCGGAGGAAAUUGAAAAAACUCGAAAAAAUCAGGAGAAAGAGAUUCUAGAGAUUAAAGCGGAAAUGAAAAACGAACGCGAAUCGUUGAGCAGCCAGUACGAGAAAGAAGCUGCGAGUUUGAGAGACCGAGCUAGAAAAUUGGAGCAUCGUUUGAACGCCAUGGAUUCCGAGCAUUCGGCACACGUGAACGAACUUCGGGCUGCUUACCAACGCUCAAUCAGCGCCGAGCUUGACACCGACGCCGAAACUCGUAAGCGUUACAAAGAAGAGAUCAAACAACUGCGAGGCUUGUGCGAGAAAGGCCUUCUCGCUAUGGAAAAUUCUCAUCGACGUAUUAUCGCCGAAAUGGAAGAAAAACAUCGACAAGAAUUGGAAAAUUUACGCAUCGAAAAGGAACAAGCACUUUCGGAAGAAACACAAGCCACUCUGGCCGCUCUCGAUGCCAUGAGAAAAGCUCACGAACACGAGGUUCAAAAAGAAAUAGCUAAAUUCAAGGCCGAAUUCAUCAAACAAAUGCAAGCUCGCGAAGAUAUUGGGGCAUUGCACAAGGAACACGAGCGCAGUUGUCUGUUGUUCCGCAGGGAAGAGAUGGAAGAGAUAAAACAGGAGAUACUCUCACUAUCGUCCAAGUAUUCGUCCAAGUGUGUGGAGUCGGCAGCCCUCGAGGAAAAAGUUGGCUCGUUGACGAAACAAAUGACACAAGCUCAACAGCACAUAAUGCAAUUAGAUGCUCGCAAUAAACAGCUUCGAGCUCAUCUUGUCCUCGAGACCAACGAUACAGGCAUCAAUGAUACCAUACAACUUUUGAGAGGACGAGACAACGAGAUUGCCGAACAACGGGAAGAAAUACAUCGCCUUCAGCAACAGCUUAAGCAUGGGGACAAAGUUCGUGAAAAAGCUUGGUGCGAUUUGACGAAAAAUCAGUCCUCGCUGAGCCACUUAUCUACAUCAUUGUUGGACCGAAAUCCAUCGAAAUCCAACAACGAAACAGCCAAGGCGACAUUGCAAGAUACAAAUGUUUCUGUCGAUUCUUCGAAAACAUCUCCCACGUCUUCCAAUCUACGAAAAACCAUAUCCGAGGAAAAAACCUCACGAAAAAACAACUUUUCCUACAAACUCGAACGUCUGAGAUCAAUCUCAUUACCUUAUACCAAUUCAAGACAAUUAAAUGUUAAGAAUGAGGAUAAUGACAAUAAAAAUGGCAUGAGAUCGCCAUUGUGGGACAGUCUGAGACCGAGGACAGGCCUUCCUCAUCAGUAUCAAGGUUGCUCAACAUCGAUGCGAGUCAGGAAACCUGGGAUCCAGUGGCAGGAGGACGAGCAAAGUGAAAAGCAGCAGCGGCAGAAGGCACACACCAUCGAUACCAACCCUCGUAACACAUCCGGUCUCACCCCGGAACCCUCAGCUCUCUCCGUUGCAGAGCUGAUGAGGUCUCCAUCUGUGAGGUGGUCGGGCAGAGGUUGCAGAAGCCUGCCCUCGACUCCAACACCGGGAUACCACAAUUCUCUCUACCCCCCACUCCCCGCAGUGGGCAUGGUCGCUGAGAGAAAAAAGAGAUUCGAGCUGUGACCAACAUUUCGUUUUGACCGGUGUUGACGAAAUCAAACGCACGCAUUGUUCUGUGAAUCGUCCAGAACUACAAUGCGCCAAGAAUUGCUGAUAAAAUCCUCUUUUUUCGUCAGAAAUAUUCUUUUUUCGUAACAAUUUAACGAAAAAAAGUAAGUCGUGUAUUAAGGAUCGCUCUGAAAUCCCCCUUUUUGGGGACUAAUAAAUUCUCGUGAAAAUUUCCUGACACGGAAAAGUUCAAUUCAGAAACAAGAUUCGUGAAUAUCUCGUAAGUAUGCGUCGUUAAAACAAAUAUAUUUCUUUGAACUGACAAACAGUAAAAUACGUAUUUUUCAUGACGUACAUCAUAAAACUUGCAUUUUCAAAGAAGCGCUCAAAGUUUACUCAAAUCUACUGGUACGUUCAAGGAAAAAAAGAGCCCGCUUAUGCAAUAUUCGAUCAAAUGUUUCCUUUCGAAUUUUCCGUUCGAAACAGUGUAAAAAAAAUUGUUUUUUUUUUUUAAUGUAUGUAGAAAGUUACGAAAUUAUUUAAAUGUUAAUAAUGUAUAGUUUAUGAAGUUUGAGUCUAAGAAAAAAAGAAAGAGGAAGAGAAAGAUGACAAAUUUUCGUUUGCCCUGGUUGUUUAAUCCCCCCUCCGACCCUCCUAUAGAAAAUGGAUUGUUUAUAUAGUUAUACAUUCAUAUAAUUAACGAUAUAUUCUACAUAUAUAAAUAUAUGUAAUCACGAAUUCGUUCUAGUGAUUGAUCAUUCAUUAUCUAUUAUGUAGAGUAAUUGCUCAGGAUUGUUUAACAUUUAUAAUAUAUUAUUAUUACAAUUAUUGUAUUUGUAUGAUAAUUUAUAUAACACGUUUGAAAUAAAAAAAAAUAUUGUAAUCUUCAA